AUGGGCGCGUUGUCCGUGGUGGUGCAUGCGGUAACGGGGAAGCUCGUCGCCCUGCUGCACGAGUUUGCGCUGCUCCCCUUCAUCCGCAAAGACGUCGUCUUCCUCAAGGCCAAGCUAGAAAGAAUGAUCCCGGCGAUCCACUAUUGCUCAACCCACGACGAGCCAGACGCCCAGAUGAGGGACUGGGUCAACCGCGUCCGCGAGCUCGCCUACGACGUCGAUGACUGGGUCAACCUGUUUAUCAUCCGUGUCGAUGCCGCCGCCGGCAUCGGGGGCAACCCCUCCUGCAGGUCUCAAGGGUGGUUUCGCAGCACUGCGCGCAAGAUCACAACACUCUCCACCCGCCGCGCCAUGUACAGGGAGCUUCAGGAACUAAAGAAGCGUCUCAUUGAGUUAGCAGGGCGGCGAGAGAGCUACAUGUUCCCCGACGCGCCCCUCCCCGCCAAGCAUCUUGUUAUUGAUUCUCGCUUUUCCAUGCUCUUCGAAGAUAUUGAGAGACUUGUCGGCCUGGCCAGGCCGAUGGAAGAGGUGACCAAGAUGGUUACCGAAUCUGGGGGCAAGGCUGAGCUCAAGACCGUCUGCAUCGUCGGCAUGGCCGGAUCCGGGAAGACGACGCUCGCCAAUGCGGUGUACAUGCGGCUCAGAGAGGAGAACUGCUUCCAGUGUCACGCGUUCGUCACUGUGGGGCAGAAGCCAGAGCUCAAGAACACUCUCAUGCACAUGUUCUCGAUGCUCGACAACGGGCACCAACAGAUAGGUGAGGACAUUGACGACCUCAUCGUGCGGUUCAGACACAUACUGGAGAAGAAAAGAUACCUUGUUGUGGUUGAUGAUUUAUGGACGAACGAACAUUGGCAAAGCAUAAAGUCUUGUUUUCCAGAGAACUCUCUUGCUAGUAGGAUAAUCACCACAACAAGGAACGCUUCAUUGGCAGCGGAAUGUUCUUCCAGUUCAAGCGAUUGCAUUUACAACAUUGGGCUUCUUAGUGAAGUGGACUCUAAAAAGUUACUCCUGAAUAGAGCCUUUGGUUCUGAGCAUGAUUAUCCUCAACAUUUGGAGGAUGUUUUUCCCAAAAUUAUUAAAAGAUGUGGUGGCCUGCCUCUUGCUUUAGUUACCGUAGCAUCCAUGUUAGCAGAUCAGUAUUCAAACAAUAAAUGGGAUAUACCACCUAUUGGAUGGAGAUGGUUAUCACAUCCAGAUGCAGGAAAUGUUGUGCAUAUAGUUGCUCUUAGCUACAACGAUCUACCGCCACAUCUCAGGAAAUGUCUGCUGUAUCUAAGCACAUUUCCUGGGAACGAAGAAGUUGACAUAGACCGGCUAGUAAGGCGAUGGGUUGCGGAAGAAUUAAUCUUAAAUGAGCACGGUGCAAGUGGGGAGGAAACAGCAAGAAUAUACCUGGGUCAGCUCAUUAGCGUAAACAUGGUACGGCCAUUGCUUCUGAACAAGGAUGGUGUAAGGUGUUGCAGGCUUCACCCCGUGAUACAUGAUUUCCUUGUCUAUAAAUCCAUGGGAGAGAAGUUUAUCACUAUAGUGGACGCAGAGCACCAAGAUGUCCCAUCCAACAACAUGUGCAGCACUAUCCGUCGGCUAUUUCUGCGAAGCAGCAGCAUGCAAGAUCAAGACCUUGCACGGAAUGGCAAUAUGAACCUAUCACAGGCUCGCUCAAUCAUCGUCACUGGCCAGGCCAGCACUGCGCCUCACUUGACUGAUCUGAGAGUGGUGCGCGUUCUGGACCUCGAAGGCUAUGAGGGGAUGGUAUGCCUUGAUGGCCUGGAAAAACUUCUGCUGCUCAGGUACUUGAGCCUCAGGGGCACUAAUGUAAGUGAGCUCCCGGAGACACUAGGGGAGUUAAGGUGCCUAGAGACACUGGAUGUCAGAUCCACAAAGGUGAAAGAGCUGCCUCAAAGCAUUGUGGGGCUACAGAAUUUGGAAACACUUCUUGUUAGUGGUGGACGAAUGAAUAGUUCGAUUGAACCAGCAACAAGGAUUCCAGAGGAUAUGCGCAUUUGCCACUUGCCUGAGAAACUAGCUGCCGUUGAUUUAAGAGAACUCCCUGCAAGUGCAAGCAUUGUAAAUGCUCUCGGUGGCCUCGACCGAUUGAGGGUACUUGAAAUAUCUUGGUCCUCUCAACAAUGCAUUGAGGGUGCCUACUGUGAAGCAUUACUAUCAUCCAUGGAGAAGUGGAGCCAGCUCAAGUCUCUGACCAUACACUGUGGACUCGGUUGUUCGAUGGAAUUUCUGAGCUCCCUGUCUCAUCCACCGGAGCUACUUGAGAAGUUUAAGGUGACAGCUGGAGGUUUUCUAAGUGUUCCGAAAUGGAUCCAAGGACUCAACUCACUAUAUUUCGUGCAAAUCAACGUGUGCAGACUAGUGACUGAUGAUGAUCUGAACAUACUCGGAGGCUUACCAAAAUUGCAGCUCCUGGUACUAGGCUUGGACUUUGUUCCUACAAAAGUUAUAGUGAUUGAAACUGAGGGAUUCAAUGAGCUUUGGGGAUUCUCAGUCAAUUGCCCAGCGCCGUGGCUCACUUUCAGGACAGCAGCCAUGCCAAAGCUCACACAUCUUCAACUAGAGUUCUGCUCAGGUUCAGCAAUGCAAGAGAGUGUUCCAUAUGGUAUCGGCAACCUCCAAAGCCUCACGGAGGUAGCCCUCCUUUACAACCAGGAAUGGUGUGCAAAUAGCUCUAGCAUCGUAAGGACAGUUGAUGCUGUGAAAAGACAGGUCGCCAAGCAUCGCAAUCCAAUUAACCUCGUCAUCAACAACACUAAAGUUGAUGUCGUCCAAGAGGUUGAUGAGGAGACUGAGAGCCUAGCCGAAACUCAAAGCAGCAAUGUUCAGUUUCAGCAAGUUGGCGAGGAGGUAGUGAGGACUAGAGUGGAGACUUGGGGUGAAAUUGAAGAAGUUGAAGGUGAUAACAUUAACCACGCAUAGCUCUCAAGUCUCAAGACAAGGAAUGGUGAUCCGCAUGCAAGAUGCAUCAAUUGCUUAAAUGAAAGGAGUACACUGCUUCAGGUGAGGUGGAGAUGAGAACAAGAGUUGCAGGCGCUGAUGCUACAAUAGCAAAUUGCUCCUGUCACUGGAGCUCCUGUGUUGCUGUUGGCCUGACCACUUGCAUCCAUAUCGCCGUGUCAGAUGAUCUGCAUUUGUUUGGCCAUGCCGUGUUUUAUGUUUGCCGUUUGCUGUCUGCGAGUUUGUUAUGUUGGUGAUUGUAACCAAUAUGUUGCUAGUCCUAUGUGGAAGGAACUCGGCAGCUCUUCCAGUGUCAUACCAGAAGUUUGCAAGUUCCAGAGAUGACACCUAAGAUUCAGAUACUGGACUAUGUGCAUUCAGCUCUGUUUUGGAUUGCUUGUAAUAAGGGACUUGCCGUGGUAAUGCAAGAGCCGUCUUGUGAAAUGUUCCUGUGUCAGUAACUUGGACUGUUUCAGAUGUGAUUUGUGCAUA